GAAAACUAAAGUGUUUUACAAUUGAGGAGAAAGUAGAUUUUUAAAAUAAGAAUUUUAAAGGAGCAAAAAAAAUUUAAUAUCAACCAUGAUGGAUAUGGAAAUGAACGCUGAGAUGGAGAGGGACGGAGGAAGUGAAGAUGCAGAGCAAUCUUCUGAAGGCAGUUCUGCAGGAACAAUAUUCUGCACCUUAGAACAAGAUUAUGCAAAAAUUAUAAAGGAAAUGAAGAGCAAUGAAGCACUUGCUCCUUAUGAGGAAGAAUAUACUAGACUUUUUGAAUCUCUAUACAAAGCCCAUCGAAAUGAAAAUGAAUUAACUGAAAAAUGCAAAUCAUUUCAAGAAGAAGUGGUACAAUAUGUUGAAAAAAUCGACGAACUUGAAACAAAUUUAGAAGUAAAUGAACACACUAUAAAUAAAUUGAAACAAGAAAUUAUAAAUUCAAUGAAACUUGCAGAUGCUGCACAUUCAAGGGAACAAAAUUCUCAAGAAAUAAUUGAAAAUUUACGGGGAGCAUUAAAAAAAUUUAAACACGAACUUAGUCAAAAGGAGAAAUUAGCAUCAGAACAAGUAACGUUGAUGAAUAAACAAAAAGAGGGUUUUGGACCUGAUCGAGAUAAACUUGUAGGAGAAAUAGAAACGCUAAGAGAACGAUUGAAAGCAACAACUAAAUAUAAUAGCGAUCUUGAAUUAAGAAACGCUGAAAUUGAAAAUCAAAGGACCGAAAUUCAGGAAAAUUUAGACGUACAAUUAAAUGAAUACUCAAAAGAACAUCGCUUGCGUGAAAAAGCGGAAGAGACGAUUCAACAAUUACAAGAGGAAUUAAAAAAAAAUAUUAGCGAAUUACAGUCAGCAAAUAUAGCAGUGAAAACUAUGGGAAAUCAUGCAACAAAACUCGAGAGCCAAAUAAAAGACCAAAAGCUUACAAAUGAAACUUUACAGCAAGAAAUUAAUAAAUUAUUAUCAAGAAAAAUGAAUAUGCAAACAGAUUUUGAUAAUUUAAACGCCCGUAAUCAGAAUACUGAAAAGAAAUUGUCAGAAACUGAACGAAAAGUCGACACAAUGAAAAUUGAAAUACAAAAAAUGCGUGACGAAAAUUCAAAAUUAAAAACAGAAAAAGAAUUGCUGUCCAAAAAAGUAGUGAAAGAAGAAAAUUUGAAAUUUACUAUUCAAGAUGAUUUAAAACAAACGCAAAUUAGUCAAAAAAAUGCCGAAAUUGAAAUUUAUUCUCUACAAAAAUUUCUUGAAAAUGAAAAGAAAGUGAAGGAGAAAAUUAUUCGCGAAAAAGAAGCAAAUGGAAAAUCAAUAGCUAGCCUAAAGGAAACCAUCAAAUCUUUACAAAUGGAAGCCAAUAUUCAUGAGCAAAUACGUAGAAAAAUGGAAUUAACCAUCGAAGAUGCUGGACAAAAUGCUGAAGAAUCGAAGAGAAAAAUUUUCCAUCUAGAAAAAGAGAGAGAUAAAUAUUGUCAUGAGGCUCAAGAACUUUCUGAUAAGGUAGAAGAUCACAUUGAUGAAUUAAAAAUUAAAAGAGCUGAGAUAUCUGACUUAAAGAAGCGUCUUUAUGAAGCUGAAUCUAAACUGAGACAACAGCACAAUGCCUACGAGGCAUUAAGAGGCGAAAAUAAUUCACAACUGACAAAUUUAUCAGAAGCAAAAGAUGAAAUAAGAGAAUUAAAGCAGAAAUUAAAGAUAACAAAUAAACAAGUAGAACAAUUAAAGGAAGAAGUUGCCCUAAAGGAAGUCAGUAUAACAAAUGGAGAAUUCUUAUUAGGAAAAGCAGAAAAAGAAAAAGAGGAAUUAAAGUCUGAAGUACAAAAAUCUUCCAAGAAUCUGUCAAUAUUAAAAGAAAAAAUUGAAGAAAUGAAAAAUGAAGAAAAACAUUUGAGACAAAAUGAAAAUCAAGCACAAAUGAAAAUAAAUCGGCAGAAAAAAGAAAAUGACGCUGUUCUAGUGGAACGUGACGUUCUUGGCACUCAAUUAGUAAGACGAAAUGAUGAAAUUUCUCUUCUUUAUAAUAAAAUAAAAGUAUUGGAAGACAUUAUUCAACGUGGUGAAAAACAAUAUACCCAAAGAGUCGAAGAAAUAAGAUUGUUCAAAUUAGAAAUACAAAAAUUAACAAACGAAAAUCUGCUUCUAAAUAAAAAUAUAAAUAAUACCGGAAAUCUGAAAUUUGAUCUCAUUCAUGUGCAACAAAAUCUAACAAGAGAAAAAUUAAAAGUCACUGCACUGGAAGAAGAACUUCAAAAUCCAUUGAAUAUUCACAGAUGGAGAAAAUUACAGGGAACUGAUCCUAAUACGUUUGAAAUGUUAAGAAAAAUUCACAUUUUGCAAAAACGUAUAUUAAAAAUGUCUUCACAAUUAAUUGUGAAAGAGAAAACAAUUAAAUAUACGGAAAGAUUGUAUACAAACGUGAAAGAAAUAUUAGGAAAGCAACCAGGAGUAGAAGUGACGGAGAUGUUAACAAAAACUCGAAAAACUCUCAUAGAUAGAAGCAAUAAGAUAAAAGGUAUACUUGCAGAGAGAAACAUGUUUGAGGCUUUGGCAAGUGAACAAAAAUUUGAUAAUGAAAGAUUAAACAAAGAAUUAAAUGAAUUGAAAAAAAAAUAUUAUAGUUUAAAAAAUAAAGGACAAAAUUAUAAUAAAGAUAAGCAAACAGCGAUAACUAUUUUGCCAUCAAUAUCAUUAUCAGAAAAAAAAGUUUAUGGUGGAGGCUUUAAUAUGACUGUGACUAAAUCACAAAUUAAUUAAUGAAAUCCAAUGUAUAACGACUAAUGUAAAUAUGAAAAUGCAAUGGAAAAA